AUGGCAAGUGAGCACGUGUGGCUGGCGCUGGCCGCGUUCGCCGCGCCGGCCUUCGCGAACCCCAUCGCCCCGGCCGACGGCGCCGCCGCACGGGACAAGCGCGGACUCGACGGAGGCUACGGACCACCUCCUGCCCAAUAUGGCCCGCCUCCUGAACAAUACGGACCGCCAGCCCAGCAAUACGGACCGCCCGACCACCACGACCACCAUGAGCCCAAGGGCGUGUGGAAGAAGAAGCUCGUGUGGAAGGAGGAGUGGAAGCAGGUGUGGAAGACGGCUUCCAAGCUAGUCUGGAAGCAGGUCUGGAAGAAGAUCCAGGUCCCCGUCUGGAAGGAGAUUCAAGUCCCUGUCUGGAAGGAGAUCAAGGUACCAGCCUGGAAGAAGAUCCAGAAACCUAUCUGGAAGGAAAUUCAGGUUCCCGCGUGGAAGGAGAUCCAAGUUCCAGACUGGAAGACUAUCCAGGUCCCUGUUUGGAAGGAGAUCAAGGUCCCGGCAUGGAAGGAGAUUCAAGUUCCUGACUGGAAGAAGAUUAAUGUCCCAGUCUGGAAAGAAAUCAAAGUACCUGCGUGGAAGGAGAUUCAGGUACCAGACUGGAAGAAGAUUAAUGUCCCAGUUUGGAAGGAGAUUAAAGUACCCGUCUGGAAGGAAAUUCAGGUUCCCGAUUGGAAAAAGAUUUGGGUGCCCGAGUGGGUAAAAAUAUGGGUUCCCGGAGAGAAAUCACACGGCACCGAUCCUCACGGAUGGGAAUACACGUCGCACGGACUGUGGAAGAAGAAACUCGUGUGGAAACCUCAGUGGAAGAAGAUUUGGCGCACAGAUAAGAAACUGAUCUGGGUUCCUGAGAAGAAACUGGAGUGGAAGACCGAAUACAAGCAGAUCUGGAGGACCGAGAAGAAGCAGAUUUGGAUCCCUGACAAGAAACUGGAAUGGAAGACUGAAUGGAAACAGAUCUGGAGGACCGAGAAGAAACAGAUCUGGGUAGCGGACAAGAAGCUGGAAUGGAAGACCGAGUGGAAGCAGAUCUGGCGCACCGAGAAGAAACAGAUCUGGGUGCCGAGCAAGAAGCUGGUCUGGAAGGAGGAGUGGGUGCAGAUCUGGAAGACGGACAAGAAGCAGAUCUGGGUCCCGGACAAGAAGCUGGUCUGGAAGGAGGAGUGGAAGCAGAGCUCCGUGCCCGAGUGGAAGCAGAUCCAGGUGCCCGAGUGGAAGAAGGUGUGGAAGCCGGUGUGGGAGAAGGUGUGGGUGCCCAUCCAGCACGGCCACCACGAGCAUCACGGCUGGGACUGA